AUGAAAGGGCACUUCUCUGUUGAAUGGCUGUCCCAGAGCAGCAGAGCCACCUGUGCUGCUGAUCCAAAGGUCCCCGCUGUCUCACAGCACAAGGCCAAGCUGAGGGAUCCUCCCACCUACAGCACCCCAACGAAGGACCUGCCAGGGUUCACCUGCACCGAGAGAGAAGGAAACGCAGAACCCCAGGAAAGACCAGCAUCCCAGCAGCAGGCCCAAGGACAGAACACAUGCAUCACUCCACACCCAGGGCCUGACUUUGUAAACCUUGCCAAUGCUUACUCCAAUGUUCUAGCAGCCACAGAUGCAGGCUCCAGCAGCAGCGCAGAUGAGGAGACAUCCGGGUACGAGAGUGAAGGGGGGCGCUCUCCACCCCCGGCGGCCCCGCAGGACAUCGCGCAGACCUGUGCCGCCACAGGACGCAGACCACGCACCGCCUUCACCGCCCAGCAGAUCAACCGGCUGGAAAGGGCAUUCAAGAAGCACGCCUACAUAGGCACCCACGACAAGGCCAAGCUCUGCAAGAAGCUCAGUCUGUCAGACAAACAGAUCAGGAAUUGGUUCCAGAACAGACGCAUGAAGCUGAAGAGGACCUUGCAGGACACAAUGGCCCAGGCCUGUCAGACAAACCUCUCCUCCCAGCUGAUGCACUACCCUGAACUCCAGGCUUUUGGCUGUGGCUUUUCUGGCUGA